ACCAUGUAAGAAAAUGAAAGCAGCUUACCAAAUUGGCAUGUAAAAAUAUAUAGACGCCCACAGGGAAUGAGCAGCUGGAGAGCAUGCCUAUGACCGUUAGGUUUAUACCUAAGAUUCAAACAGAAAAACUCCCGGGAAAGUGAGAUUGCCUCAGAGGGCAUGUCCUCCUAAUGCAACACUAAUUACAUACCUCCAAGGCCAACAAAGAGAGAACAUUAUUUUGUAUUUUGUGAAAAGAAAAAAUAUUUCAAUGGAGGAGGAUGAUGAGAAAAAAGUUUAUGCUUCUCCAACAUCAUCUCCUCCAACACCUCCCUCACCCCUCCCCAUCAGUGUAGGACCUGGCAACCAAAAGUACAUAUUUUCGCCGUCUCCGUCCCCCUCUCCACCUUUCUCUCCGCCUCCGUCGAGCCACACGUCAGCUGAGAACCUCCCUCUUCUGCAUCAUGAUCAGAAGCUCUCUAGCCCUCCAGUGCCAUCUUCAGCAUUCUCCUUGGAUUAUCGGCGGCCCCCGGAGGAUUUGGAUUCCAGGAGCUCAUGCCUUGCAGACUUGUUAAAGUGGUUUAUAGAAAGAUGCUGCAACUGUGGUUCUAAGUCUUCCUAGCCUUCUUCUUACAAAUACAGAACAGAUACGAAAAAAGAAAAAGAAACCAGAAGAGCAGUCAAAGUGUGAAAUUGCUUGCUCUGGUUUUGCCUCCAAUUGAUUUUCCAGAGAUUUAAAGCUGCAAGUUGAUCCCUUCUAAGUUCUAACAUGCGUUCUAACUCAUGUAACUAGCCAUCAAUCAUCAGAUGCGUUUUUUUCACCCUCAACUAGUUGAAGAGAAGGCCUGCAGCAAAAGUGAAUGAGUGAUAUUUGUAACAAAUAACAUUCUUUGCACAUUCACAUUGUCUCAUAAAAAAAAAAUUCAGAGAGAUUCUUGGUCACUUGGUUUGCUAUUAUUUACUUAUAUAUGCAGCAAAACUAUGAAUUAAUUCAGGCA